UAUAUUCUAUGUCGCAUAUUUAUUACUCUGAAUUAUGGCUUGUAACGAGAAACGAUCUGGAGAAGCUGUUGGAGCUCGAACGCAAGUUGCAAGAAGGCACAUUGACGAGGAAAAGGGAGAUUUUAAAUGCAGCGUUGUCUAUGUAUAUAAGGUACCGUAAUCUCGUAAGGAGACUCAUUAUGUGCUACGAUCAAAUGCUGCAGACGCAGAAGCGGGAGUUGAUCAAGCGGAUAUUGGACUGCGCCAUCGGUCGAAUGCUGGAGUAUAAGAAAGAAAUUGCCCGUUUGAAUUACACGGAAUACCAAUGGCCUGGCGAUAUUUUAAAUCGACUGAAAUUCACGCCGGACGACAUCGAGCUGUUUGCGUCUGUGUCGGGCCGGGAAAGACUAGAGGAGCGGAGAAAAUUUAUUCAACAGGUACUGGAAAGUGCUCGCAAAGAACCGCAGGUAAGGGAACGCAGGCUCUCGCAGAUUCACGUCGAGAGUAUGCCUGAUUUGGUGGGCGAGGCGUUGAAACCGCGUGUGACGCGGAGAAGACGCGUCGUACCCUCGAAGGUACAGGUCGUCGAGUCACCCGAGGAAAAAGCCGACCGAGAGGCGAAGCUUGCCGCCGAAAGGGUGUUGCAUAGCGCGAUGUUACUGAUACAGAGUCACGAGAGAGCUAGAAUGGGACGCUGCCACGCCGCGAAUGUAAAACGCGUAUUCGAUUACAACAAGAAAGUGGCGCUCGGCGAGAUAAUACCGAAGAAGAUAGAUCGCGCCAAGUACGUUAAGUCGGCGGUGACGAUUCAGCGCGCGUGGCGACGAUACGCUGCGAGAAAAGCCACGAAGAAACGUAUCGCGCGUCUCGAGGCGAUUCUAGGUAUGACCGUACCGAGUCGGCCAAGUCGCGAGACGAUCGCGAAGGACGAGCAGAACUUCCAGCGAAGACGCGCGUUGAUACCCACGUUUGACGCUCGCACCGCAAAAGCGAUCAGCGACGAACGUACGAGGCUCCUGAGAAUUAGAGGACCCGGACUGAUGGAGGACAUCACCGACGAGAUUCACGAGUGGUUCGUCAUUUGGUACGACGCGGCGGGGGAAUACGACGUGUUCCCGGCGGCGAAUUUGGGUGGCAGCGUGUUGAUUGCGACUGGGCAGACCUCGACGCCGCAGGAGUAUCUAUUAGAAAAGCAAGAAAAGGCGAAACAGGCCAGGAAAAAAGGUAGAAGAGCCGAGAGAACAGUACUACCACCUGAGCCUGAAGCUGUCAAGGCCGAAGCCCCGGGUUGGACGCUGCCACCGACGAAGACUCUGCCCUGCCUGGAAGAGGCGAAUGUCGAUUUCAUCCAAAACUGGAGUCUCCGCGAUGAGACCGGUAACCCGGAACAGAAGGAGUACUUGGACUUGAUCACCGACAACCUCUGUUACGAACUUCAACUUGAGAUAAGAGAAAUAGUAGACGAGUUGAUGAGAGCCGAGCUGGAAUUGCUGAACGAGGCACUGCUGAAGGAUCGCGCGCGCGAUAAAAAGAAAUUCAAGAUUUCAGCAGCGGACAAAGAAAUGCAGAAGGACAAAAUUAGAGCGACGAGAGGAAAGAAAGAUGCUCUGGACGACGUGCCGAUCGAAAAGCUUUUCAGCGAGCUGCUGCAGGCGAAAAUCGUCAGAAACUACCCGACCACUUUUCUGCGCGAUUGGAUCGGCGAUCUCUCGUAUGAACAUUACGGGGCGCGUCGCGAAUCUCCAGAUCACAAGCAUCGGCUGGGAGAAGUAAAGCAGCUUGUUUUGGAGUACUGCGUGUUGCCUUUGAUCUCCAGCGAGACGCAUCGACUCGCACCGCUGGUGCGCUCCGUGUGCAUCUACGGAUUACCGGGAUCCGGGAAGACUUUCCUCGCUAACGCUAUUUGCUCGGAGGUUGGCGCAUUACUCUUCGACGUAUCAGCACCUGUCUUACUGGGUAAAUACGUGGGUAAGGAGAAGCAACGGAGGCUCAUCGACACAAUCGCCAAAGUAGCUCGGAUUUACGCGCCUUCUAUCAUUUUUCUGAAUGCUGGCGAGAGACCUUGGCUGAGAAAGGUACCGCCGGAGGAACGGCAUCUUCAGCCUAAGCGGUUCGCGAAGCACUUUGUCAAACUAGUAAAAGACAUCAAGCCGGGCGAUCAGAUAUUGUUUCUCUCGUUGUCCGAGGAGCCGCAGAAAGGGACAAUCGCUUUCGUCAGGGUCCAUGAUGGAUUCAUAAGGGUGCCCACCACCGAUUACAACACGUUAUACAUGUUCUACAAGAAUCUGCUGAUGAAGUAUCCCAACGUUGAUCGCGACAUCGAUGUCUCCUGCUUGGCCACGAUGUCUGUCGGCAUUCCUUUGAACUUUAUCCAGCAAGCUGUGAAGAAGGUGCUAUCGUUACGCCGCAGAAUCACCCUCAAGUUUAAUCCGUUGAGCCCGAUAGAGAUCAUGAAUGAGGUGCUGACGUACCGAUAUCCUACGACGAAGAUAAUGGAAGCGUUCGACCGAUUUCAGAAGCGCACUCCGCUUGCCAAAAAAAGAGCUAAAGCUUUACAGGCUGAAGAGGAAGCUCGUGAUUGAAGUGUAUUUAUAGGUAACUUCCGUUGAUAUUGUACAUGACGUAAAUAGCUGUCGAAUAUUUUGCAGCGCGAAUGGCUUGACUUGAUGCAUAUAAAUAUUUCAGUCUUCUAUGAUUUGAAUACUUUUUAAUUUUAUUAAAUUUAUU